GCAGGAACCUCCUUAUCCAGACCACAGCCAUGGCCACAUCGGCAAGCUCCCAACUCAGCAAAGCCAUUAAGCACAUGUACAUGAAGCUGCCACAGGGGGAGAAGGUCCAAGCGAUGUACAUCUGGAUUGAUGGGACAGGGGAGCACCUCCGCUGCAAAACCCGCACUCUGGACCAUGAGCCCAAGAGCCUUGAAGAUCUCCCUGAGUGGAAUUUUGAUGGCUCCAGCACCUUCCAGGCUGAAGGCUCCAACAGUGACAUGUACUUGCGACCUGCUGCUAUGUUUCGGGACCCUUUUCGCAAGGAUCCAAAUAAACUAGUUCUCUGCGAGGUCUUCAAAUACAACCGUCAGUCUGCAGAGUCAAAUCUCCGACACACCUGCAGGAGGAUUAUGGAUAUGGUGUCUAACCAGCACCCCUGGUUUGGGAUGGAGCAAGAGUACACUCUUCUGGGGACAGAUGGACAUCCAUUUGGCUGGCCUUCCAAUGGCUUCCCUGGACCCCAAGGUCCGUACUACUGUGGUGUAGGGGCAGAUAAAGCCUAUGGCAGAGACAUUGUGGAGGCCCACUACCGAGCGUGCCUUUAUGCUGGUGUGAAAAUUGGAGGAACUAAUGCAGAAGUGAUGCCAGCCCAGUGGGAGUUCCAGGUGGGACCAUGCGAAGGGAUUGAGAUGGGGGAUCACCUAUGGAUUGCACGCUUCAUCCUCCAUCGGGUGUGCGAAGACUUUGGUGUCGUCGUGUCCUUUGAUCCCAAACCCAUCCCUGGGAACUGGAACGGUGCUGGCUGUCAUACCAACUUCAGCACCAAGAGUAUGAGGGAAGAUGGAGGUCUCAAGCACAUUGAAGAGGCCAUCGAGAAGCUGAGCAAGCGUCAUCAGUACCACAUCCGUGCCUAUGACCCCAAAGGGGGGCUUGACAAUGCCAGGCGCCUGACUGGUUUCCAUGAGACAUCCAACAUCCAUGAGUUCUCUGCUGGUGUGGCCAACCGUGGUGCCAGCAUCCGCAUCCCCAGGAAUGUGGGCCAGGAGAAGAAGGGCUACUUUGAGGACCGCCGGCCCUCUGCCAACUGUGAUCCUUAUGCUGUGACAGAGGCCCUUGUCCGCACGUGUCUCCUGAACGAAACUGGAGAUGAGCCGUUUGAGUACAAAAACUAAGCAGACUGCGCCCACAGGCACCAACUUCACCCUGCACUUCCCACACCCCUAAACUUCCCUUCUAGAUGUAAUCCCAAGGGUACAGGAUAACACAUUUUGUGUCUCAGUAA